GAGAGAGGGAGGGGAGAGAAAGAGAAAGAGAGAGGGAGGAGAGGCUGCUAUUACUUGUGACAGAAAACGGCAGCGAGCACAUACAGUCCGGGGGAGCCGCUGCUGCGACAAGAUGCUGAGCGUCGCCUUGCUGUGUGUGUGCGCCGUCGCCUUCGGACGCGUCUCCGCUCGCGCAGACAGCGGCAAUUUUUUGGACGAUAAGUGGCUCACCGGGAGAUCAUGGGAUAAAUUCAGAGACGAGCCGGGAACGUGGACUCCAUCCAAACCCUUCGAUCAAGUGUAAGCUAGACUACCAGGCAUGCAUCACAGGAAAGAAGAUUACCGUCAAGUGUCCUGGCAUGUGUCCUUGUACCUCCCACCCUGCUGAACAAAGUUCAUCAGAGAAGAAAGUAUGCAGCGAGUCAGAUCUGAAGGAGGUGGUGAGUCGCCUGAGAGACUGGUUCAGAGUGCUACAUGAGAACGGCAACCACAAGAGAGUCAAGAUCCAAAAACCAGAAAAGAACAAGUUCGAAGUCGGAGCGUCACCCGUUUGUAAGGACCCCCUGGGCUGGAUGUUUUCCCGGCUGGACACAAAUUUCGACUUGCAGCUGGACCAGUCGGAGAUUAAGAGCCUGUAUCUGGACAGGAAUGAGCCGUGCUCUGACGCCUUCUUUAAAUCGUGUGAUACGCAUCCCGACAAAGUCAUAACCAGCUCUGAAUGGUGCACGGGCUUCCAGAGAUACACAGAUUCACCGUGYAAAGCAGAGCUCUCCAGUAUCAACAAAAAGCUUUCUGGGAAGAAGUUACUCGGCCAGUAUCUGCCAUCCUGUGAUGGGGAGGGUUACUACAGGUCCCACCAGUGUCACAGCAGCAGUGGCCAGUGCUGGUGUGUGGAUCGCUACGGCAACGAGGUGGCAGGCUCGCGCACGCACGGCCCUGCAGACUGCGGCGUAAUUUUGGAGUCUUCUGGGGAUCUGGGCAGUGGGGACUCACUGUUCACGGACGACGAUGAAGAUUCAUUUAUCCCUAACGACCAGGCAGGUAUGGACGACGAGGACGAUGAAGAUGAGGAUGACGAUGAUGACAAUGAUGAAUAUCUGUCUUAAGUUAACUAAAAAAAACAAACAAACAAAAAAACUGUAUAUUUGGUCAAAUUGCACGUUUUUAGGUGACUCUCCGGGCAGAAUAUUCAUAAUAAUUACUAACAGCCUUUGGACUCUUCUCUGUGUACUUUUUCUUCAUCAGUUAAAAAAAAAAGUAUUUCAAGAAAACCUUUCAUGUUUUUUUAACCCCCCUUCUGCUUAAGUAGUAAAUAUCCUUGUACACUUGAGUGUCGGUCAACGAGAAAUUUUACUGGCGACCAGUCGAUCCGUUUGGGUUUGGUCCACUUGUGCAGAAGGCCUUUUCCCAUUGGACGCUCCCAUGUCUCGCGAUGUCUCGUGUCCUUGUGCAGCACUCUGAUACCCGAGUGUGUUGAUGCCUGAGGCGCAACGUUAAAGAGAUUUCCCUCCAUCUUCCUCAUCUCUUUGUACCCUUAUCAAACUGUUCCCGUGUAUAGGUGGGAUGUUGAUGAUGUAGAUAAGAAAAUACUGCGUUCUUUAAGUUUCUUUUGAUCUCGUUUUUUAACUGUGACUGUAACUUUGUGGAAAAACAAGAUAACACUUAGACAAGCUUCAAUGAAAGGAUUAGAAUUAAACAAAUGAUAAUUUUUAUGAAAAAAAAAGCAUUAUAGUAGUUCUCGGUGAGGCUCAGAUCAAGUCAAAUUAUCAGAGGCUAAGUACRGAAAAGGGAACAAAAAAUACAGUUUUGUCUUUUGGUAAUUUGGUGCCCAGGGGGGGUUUAUUGUUAUCUAUUUUUCUAAUCCAGUGUAAGAUGUAUGCUGAAAGAUGAAACAGAUCGGUCUUAGCUGUAUUAUACUACGUGAUGUCGUUUCAGUCUGUAGAACCAGAGGCCAAACCUUUUAGGAACUCAAACAAGGGAGAAAAAAAAACAGCUUGAGGUUGUUAAAGAAAAAAAAAAUCAUGAAGUGUGUACAGAUGAGAUUACACUUGUACAGGCCAGUGAGCUCAAAGUAAACCUUAACAGAGUUCAGAAGGAAAUAGAUUGUUAAUGUUUUUAUAUUUGCUGAUAUAAUGUGAUUUUAGCUMACAGCUUAAAAGAAUAAAAUCAACUCUUGCACAGUUACAAAAAAAUAAAGAACAGCCAUGCAGACUUGUUGAAUUUGAGUUGAGAGUGGGGUUUAAGGGGGGAGGUGUGCCUUUUACUAGUAAAGACAGGUGGUGAUAGAAGGAGAAGCAUGUUUACUGUACUGAUUUUAACUUGCUUUGACACUGAAUAGGAGUGGCUUUACUGCUGAAGAAAUUGCUCAGAUCUUGGUGGAGUUCUGUGAAAUAAUUUUGAACAAUUACUCUCUUACCUUUUUGGUGAUAGGUCUUUAAACAAACUCCGUUUGGAGACAUAAGGUUUAAUUCCAUUUUGAGGGCUAGUCUGAAUAGAAUCAAGACCAAUCCAAGUGGAAUGGAUUCCUUUUAAAAUUCCAGUUUCAUUCCGCUUCAUGCCAGUAAUGUUUUUUUAAACCUUUACAUCACAGUUUCACAUCACACAAUUAUUUACACUGAAUUUUACAAGCACAAGUAGUGGCAGCAGCAACUAGCUGUAGCACCUCAGGUGCAGCCUGGGGCACUUCCUGCAGAAAUAUCCAAAUAUUUCUACUGGAUUAAUUGUGUAAUGCAAAACAGACAGUGUUGUAAAGGUUUAAAACAUAAUGCAUGAACCCCCCGUUUGAUUUUGUUUUUUAAUUUGAUUUUAAUGGCCCAAAAGGUCGUUUUAAGGCUGCAGCACAGGUCUCUGCACCUGAACCCUUUAAGAAGUAAUAAACUAGGGGUGAGUAAACUUUAGUUGAACUCUUUUUCUCCAAACUGAAAUCAGUCAAAGAGACUUUCUGAUCGUUACAAGUAAGAUAUUUUUAUUUGUUCUGAACUUUUCCACAGAAGCCCACCUCAAAAGAUUUAAAACUAUUGGUUUAAUGUUAAGCCCGUGUGCUUGGGGUGUCUCCCAGGACAUGCUUUACAUCUUUUGGUUUGUUACAUAAGAUAGCUAGAAUGUAGAGAAGCACACAGAUGCUUAGCAGUUAAGGCGUAUUAACACUUAGUCUCUGCUGGAUAGGAAAUGUUUUAUAUAGAUUAUACACUGGCAACAGGAAGCUUUGUUUUAGACAGCUUUCUCUGAGAAGACGAUCAUCUUACAGUGUUUGCUUUCAGUAGCUCAAUCUCCUCUGCUGUAACUAUUUAUAGUGUGAAUUUGCCAGAUGUCUGAUCUCAGACGUGUUAUCAAGUCACGUUCAUGCAGACCUGGGAUAAGCUUUGCUCCUGUGUUAAUUUGCAGUAUUUUUUUUCUCCCGUUUGGCUUAUUUCAAUCAGAAAAUAAAUACAUUUUUAAAUAACUACAUUAUGACCCAAGAAGUGCCAUCGAGCUGUGUACUUUUCUUUUUCUCUUCAUCCUUCCUAACUUUGAAUUGAAAUUCAUUUUGUUAGCAGGAACACGUUUCAGUCUUAAAGGCGUCUGAUGAGUGUGACGACAUGCAAAUCCUGUUUCAUGACCUCGCACACUGUAGCCACUCCUCAACCAAUCACACACUGUCAUCACGGCUCUGAUAAUAUUAGGUGAUGAUACAGAUGCAUUUUUUACAGUGUAUGUAUGAUUUGCUGAAAUAAAAAGCUAUAUUGACCAAAA